GCAGGCGGCGGUGGCGGCGAGGCCGUCGGCGGCGGCUGGGGUGUCUGCGAUGAUAACCCGGUCGAAGCUGGUGGAGCAGCUGCGCGACUACCAGAUCCGAUCCCAGCACAAGCGCGACCUUAUCGGAGCCAUCUCAUGGGGCUUGCUGUGCUGCCUCCUAAUAGUAUCCUCAUACAUGAUGCUAUACUUCAGGCACUUCUGGUUAUCAGCCGUCAUCAUCUCCGUCGGCAUCCUUCUUCCCGCCGGCCUGUACAUUUUGAGGCAGAGGAAGCUGGCUAAGAAAAGAGAGCGGAGAUUAUUGUUGCCUCUCUCCAUGUAAGGUUAUCAUUACAUUGUAGUGGUAGGUUCCCCCUGAUUUUGCGGUUGUUCUUGGCUAGACAGAAUCCGCAGUCCGGGCUUGCUUGGCACACAUCCAAACAGUUGAUAGGCCUCUGCUGCCUAGUAUACGUCCACCAUAUUCUUUAGUCUUCACUAAAGUGCUGGAAGAAGUACACCAUCAAUUUUUGAGGCUCCAGUGUUGUGCGAAUGAAUACGCUAGCUUGUGUGGUUCUGCUGCGGUUUGUUUUCCGCUUUCCUUUUUUCUUUUAAUGGUGCUUGCAGCCUGACAAGGUAUCUCGAUGUAUUGGAUCGCCCCGAGUCACACUUUUGUAACUAAAGAAGGAUAGAUUGUUUUGUUGUUC